UAAGCCCAGCCCCGCGCCUGUCAACGCUUGGGCCACGCCCCCAAUUCCGGGCCUAUCACAUCAGCCCAGGAGACCUCAGAUGCCGCAUCACCUCAGGCCAGUCCAGUCCUACUCACAUCACCUCAGACGCCUGAGCUGCUCGUACUCCCUGGCCGAGCUUGAGGAAGACCAUCCUCCCUCUGCCUCAGACUCAAGUGUCAAAUAGGACUUAUGCCACCAGCCCCAGCUGUCUCAUGGGACUCUUAGACUGACGGAGGUGAAAAUGCUCCAAGCACCUGAAGGUGGCGGAGCAGAAAGCUGACCAGCAUCAGGUCCUGUAAGAACAUCUGGGGAGAGAAUGGAAAAGCCAGAGGGUAGAGCAAAUACAGGCCUCCCCUCACCUGGGAAUGCCUUCCAGCUAUGCAGCUGGGUCCUCAUCUCUCAUCUGCCUAAGACUUGCUGUAAAUCUAGACCACGCCCCUCAACUUUUCUGAGCCCCAGUUCUUCAUCUGUAGACUGUGUUCACACUGCCUCCGUUUUGGGAAAAUUGAGACGUGCACAAAAGCGUCUAGAGCAUGAUGCUCACCACGGCUGCGCUGAUGCUCUUCUUCUUACACCUGGGCAUCUUCAUCAGAGACGUGCACAACUUCUGCAUCACCUACCACUAUGACCACAUGAGCUUUCACUACACGGUCGUCCUGAUGUUCUCCCAGGUGAUCAGCAUCUGCUGGGCCGCCAUGGGGUCACUCUAUGCUGAGAUGACAGAAAACAAGUACGUCUGCUUCUCUGCCCUGACCAUCCUGAUGCUCAACGGAGCCAUGUUCUUCAACCGCCUGUCCUUGGAGUUUCUGGCCAUCGAGUACCGGGAGGAGCACCACUGAGGCCUGGGGAGUCGGAACAGGGCUAAGGAGGGGGAAGCAAAAGGCUGCCUCGGGUGUUUUAAUAAAGUUGUUGUUUAUUUCCA